AUGGCCGAAGAAGGAGGUUGGAUCAGUGUUAGACUUUUUCAAUUUAGAGAUUCGAAAUUUGUCCUUGGCCUGUUAGAGCCGCAGAUGAGAGUGCCAAGACCUACAGGCCGAUGA